AUGACAGACAAGGUCGUCCCGGAAAUGUCCGCCGACCACACUGUCCCGGUCUCCGGGCUCGAGGAGCUCAAGAAGCACCUCGACGAGCUCGUAUCCGCGCCCGAGACGCCCCUCAACCCGAAACUCCUCGACGAUGUAGAGCUCCAGCUGAACGAAACAAACAUCCCGCCCCUCCUCCCCGUCCUCCUCCCGAACCUCACCGCGAUCCUCAAGACGACGCCCCACGACCCCUCCCCCGUCGUCUCCCUCACCAUCAAGCUCCUCGGCCCCGUCCCCUUCACUCAGGUCCUCCAGCUGGCCGACGAGUCCUCCCUCAUCGUCGCCCUCCGCUCUCCGAGCCCCUCCGCUAACCUCCUCGCCCUCGCCCUCCUUGCCAAGGCCGCCGCCGCCCCCUCCGACGCCGCCAUCCUCUCCCUCAUGCCUCGCGUCAUCGAAGACCUCCUCCGCCGCUGGCUCUCCGCCCCGCAAGUCGAGGUCGGCGAAAGGGCCACCCGCGUCCUCGGCGACCUCCUCGACGUCGACUGCGAGCUCCCCCCACCCCCCGCCACCGCACACCGGGCUUGCCCGGCCGCGAGCUCGCCAGACGCCGCGCCCCGGGACAGGGCAGGCGACUACAGAAGAGCCCCUGCCCGCGGCCGUGACUCCGACCCCGCCGCCGACCCCGCCGACCUGUCGGCCCACCAGCUCUCCCUCGCCCAGGGCCGCGUCCUCCGCAUCCUCCCGCGCCUUGCCGCACUUAACAUCGUCGAGGUCGCCACCUCCCCGUUCCCCGACCUCACCGGCUCCGCCGACACCGGCCUUCUCCAGCUCGCCGCCCUGCACAUGGUCGACAAGACCGACACCCUCAUGCACCUCAACCUCGUCGACUUCUUCGAGACCCUGCUCAGCGUCAUGCGCGUCGUUGACCACUCCCACCGCACCAUGGGCAUUCUAAAAGACGUCGUGAGGCAGGCCGUCGCGGAUGACGACACGCUGAGGACGGCCCUCUUGACCUUGCACGACCGGACGGUGCCGGAGGAGUCGGACGCCCUGCGCACCUUUGUCAGAGACGUCAUGGCAUGA